GCAAAACAGAAGAGACGGAGUGAAACGUAGAAUAGAACCACCCCGAAUGCAAAUCCCUCUCCGCCUCCAUAUUCUCUGCAAUUCCUUAGAAAUUCUCUAUCUCCUUCCACCGUGCGUUGUAGCGUUCGUCUCAUAUAAUCGCAAUUCAUCUUCAGUCCCUGAGAAUUUUGAUUUUCGCCGUAGUUUCCUCUGUUUGCCGAUGAUCAAAGUGCUUGUUUCGGAAAUCUGAGAAGCUAAUUCCAUAUAGUAUAUCAAGAGUCUCAGAAACUAGAAAUGAAGCGGAUAAGAGACGGUAGCUAUGCUUCCGGGUCUCGAUUUCGACCCACUUUGGCCUCUUCUCGAGGCCAAUUAUAUGGACAAUCUACGGUCCCUGGGAGUGGUGACACUGAAGAAAGAAGAGGAGAGGGAGGGAGAAUCGCUAGUGGGGAUCAGAAAUUAACAACCAAUGAUGCCUUGUCCUACCUCAAGGAUGUUAAAGACAUGUUUCAGGAUCAACGGGAGAUUUAUGACCGGUUUCUUGAAGUCAUGAAAGAUUUUAAAGCUCAAAGGACCGACACACGCGGUGUGAUUGCGCGAGUUAAGGAACUGUUCAAGGGACAUAACAAUUUGAUAUAUGGAUUUAAUACUUUCUUGCCAAAGGGAUACGAAAUUAUCUUUAUUGAAGAAGAUGAAGCCCCUCCUAAGAAGGCUGUUGAAUUUGAAGAAGCCAUAACUUUUGUGAACAAAAUUAAGACGCGAUUUAGGCAUGAUGAACAUGUCUAUAAAUCCUUCUUGAAUAUCUUGAAUAUGUAUCGAAAGGAGAGCAAGGAAAUUGAUGAGGUUUACAGUGAGGUAUCUAUCCUUUUCGAGGGUCACUCAGAUUUGCUUGAAGAGUUUACUAGGUUUUUGCCAGCGUCCUUGCCAUCUCAUUCAGCAGCGCAGUAUAGCCGGAGUCAGGCCCAACGGUACAAUGACCGAGGAUCAGGCCGUCCCCUUAUUCGUCAAAUGCAAGUGGAGAAGGAGCGCCGACCAGAAAGGGCUGUUGCUUCACGCAGUGAUUAUAGUGCUGAUCAUAAUGACCUUUCUGAUGAUAAAACGAUGGUUAAGAUGCAAAGAGAGCAGCGGAAGCGUGCUGAUAAGGAGAACAGAGAAAGGAGAGGCCGUCUUCUGGACGACAGAGAAGCAGAUCAAGAUAGCUUGCACCAUUUACCAGAGAAAAGAAAGUCUUCGAGAAGAGCGGAAGGUCCUGAAGCAUAUUCUGGUUCUGCUUCGCAUUCUGAAAAAGACAAUUUGAAAAGCAUGUACAACCAAGCAUUUGUUUUCUGUGAGAAAGUCAAGGAGGGAUUAUGCAGCCAAAAUGAUUAUCAGACAUUCUUGAAGUUCCUCAAUAUGUUUAGCAAUGGAAUAAUCCAAAGGAAGGAACUGCAGAAUUUGGUUUCUGAUAUUCUUGGGAAAUUCCCUGAUCUCAUGGAUGAGUUCAAUCAGUUCUUUGAGCGUUGUGAGAGUAUUGAUGGGUUCCAACACCUUGCUGGUGUUAUGAGCAAAAAAUCAUUUAGUAGCGAAGAACAGGCGUCCAGGUCAAUGGAGGUGGAAGAAAAGGAAAUAGAACAUAAGCCUGACCUCGAGGUUGUUAAUGAAACAGAGCAAUGCAAGGAGGAGUACGUGGGAAAAUCUAUUCAAGAGCUUGAUUUAUCUAAUUGCGAAUGUUGCACUCCUAGCUACCGGCUACUGCCUCCGGAUUAUCCGGUACGAACUGCCAGUCAGAGGUCGGAGCUAGGAGCUGAGGUUUUAAAUGAUCGCUGGGUGUCUGUCACUUCAGGAAGUGAAGAUUUUUCUUUUAAGCACAUGCGCAGAAACCCAUAUGAAGAGAUCAUCUUCAGAUGCGAAGAUGAUAGAUUUGAGUUGGACAUGCUUUUGGAAUCUGUCAACUCUGCGGCCAGAAGUGCUGAAAAUUUGCUGAACAAUAUCACAGAGAAGAAAAUAACUUUUUCUGGCUCCUUCCGGAUCGAAGAUCACCUCACGGCCCUGAACUUAAGGUGUAUUGAACGUCUCUAUGGCGAGCAUGGUCUUGACGUGAUAGACAUAUUACAUAAGAAUCCAGCCACUGCACUUCCUGUAAUAUUGACUCGUUUGAAGCAGAAACAAGAUGAAUGGACGAAAUGCCGAGAUGAUUUUGAUAAGAUCUGGGCUAAGGUAUAUGCAAAAAACCAUUACAAAUCACUUGAUCACCGCAGUUUCUACUUCAAGCAACAAGAUUCAAAGAAGUCGAGUGCAAAAUCAUUGGUAGCUGAAAUUAAGGAGCUGAAAGAGAAGACUGAGAAUGAGGAUGAUAUUCUGCUGUCUAUUUCUGCUGGUUACAGACAACCCAUAAGUCCUAAUCUUAACUAUGAGUAUUCCAGUCGUGCUAUUCAUGAAAACCUGUACAAACUAGUCCAUUUUUCAUGCGAGGAGUUGUGCUCUACCAAAGAACAGCUCAGUAAAGUUCUGAAGCUUUGGGAAAAUUUCCUUGAGCCAGUGCUGGGCGUUCCUCCCAGGGCCAAGGACACCGAUCCUGUUGAAGAAGUUGCCAAGACUCUCGAUGUGAAUCACAUCACUUCAACUAAUGAGAAGGCUAACGGAAUUUCUGGAGCAGACACAGCAACGCUAGCUUCCAGGAAACUAAUAUCUGCUGCCAACAGAGAUCAGAAUGCUUUGUCUGGGGCAUCCAAUCUUGGUGUGAUAGGUUUGUUAAAUAAAGACUCGACAGGGAAAGAAAAUCGUCAAGAUGCUGGCGCAGCCAACAGAGAUGGUGUUACCUGUUCUGCUGUAAAACUCCAGAAAGAACAUGAUACUGGAAAUAGAGCUGAUCAAAGAUCUGAAAUGCCGAUCCAAAUGGAUGUUAGCGAAAGAGCAUCCACGUCGAUUUUAUCAACCCCAAGUGGAGAAAACAAUCAUGUUAUAGUAGGAAAGAAAAAUCCAGCAGGCUCACAUGAGAUUCAAGCCAAACGAAGCAACACUCUGAGUGAUAUUCAUCAUGGUGUACAUAUCAUUGAAACUUCUCCAUCGACUCAGGCAGGUGAUGUUGGCAAAUUAAUAGAAUUGGCAAGUGGAAUGAGAUCAGAUUCUUCGACGGAUAAUAAGACUUCUAAUGAACCCGAAGGUCCGCUAACAACUGAGAAGGAGGAAGGUGAACUCUCACCUAAUGGUGAUUUCGAAGACAACGUUGGUCUUCAUGAAGAUCUUGGGGUGAAUUCCACAUCUAAACCAGAAAAUUUAGCAGAUGCUGAAGUAGAUAGUGUAAAUGCUUCAGAGGGUGGUGAGGAUGCAUCUGGAACCGAAUCUAGUGGUGAAGAGGGUUCACGUGAUGAAAAUAGAGAGGAGGAAUCUGGUGAGCAUGAUGAGGUUGAUGGUAAAGCUGAGAGUGAGGGAGAAGCAGAGGAAGUGGACUCACAUCUAUUAGCAGGAGACAUUGAGUUGCUUCCGCAGUCAGAACGUGUUUUCUUGUCUGUCAGACCUCUUUCAAAGCAUGUGGCAGCGGUUUUACGCGACGUGAGGACUGAAGAUUUCCGAGUUUUCUAUGGGAAUGACGACUUUUAUGUUCUCUUUAGGCUUCACCAAAUUCUUUAUGAGAGGAUUUUGUCUGCAAAAAGGAAUUCUUCAGGCGAUGAACUGAAAUCGAAAAACUCAAAGGAUGCCGAUUCUCUAGAUGCUUAUGAGAGGUUCAUGAGGAUUUUGUAUGGUUUGCUUGAUGGAUCAGUUGAAAAUACCAAGUAUGAGGAAGAGUGCAGAGCUAUGUUCGGAAAUAAAUCAUAUGUGUUAUUCACGCUUAACAAAGUGAUAUACAAGUUGGUUAAACAGCUUCAAGCUAUUGUAGCGGAUGACAUGGACAACAAGCUAAUUCAGUUGUACGAGUAUGAGAAAUCCCGGAAACCUGGAAGGGUUAUUGACUUGGUGUAUUAUGAAAAUGCCAGGGUCCUCCUCCACGACGAAAACAUUUACCGGUUGGAAUGUUCAUCCUCGCCAUCUCGUUUAUCGAUCCAACUUAUGGACAACGUAGCCGAGAAGGCAGAACCAUAUGCAGUUUCUAUGGAUCCCAUGUUUGCAAGUUAUUUGCAAACUGAAUUUCUGUCCACCUCGCGAGAAAAAAAAGAGGAGGGACAUAACAUUGUGUUACGAAGGAAUCGGCGUCCAUACUCAGGCUUGUAUGAUCUUGCAGCACUCUGUAAAGCCAUGGAAGGUGUCCAAUUAGUAAAUGGCUUGGAAUGCAAGAUGUCUUGCUCUUCUUACAAGGUUUCGUACGUCUUGGAUACGGAGGAUGUCUUCCACAGGAAAAAGAAGAAAAAGAAGACCGGACACUUAUCUCAGCAGCAGCGUAACAAAGAUAGGGUAGAAAGGUUCCAUAGGUUUCUCUCAGCUUCAAGAUGAUAACAACGAACUCCUUCUUGGGUUUUCUUCUUUUUUUUUACUCAAACAGCUCACAAGAAAGAAAAGGUAAAACCGAGAAAGGCUAUUCUCAAAUUUAGUAUCCUGAUUAUAUGAUGAGAUUUAGAGAGAUGCACAGAGUGGGGAAGAAACCAUUACAAUGUGUUAAAUCUUUUAUUGGGUUUAGGUUUUUAAUUGUCAAGUCUGUAGUGUUUAGCAUAGUGUGUAUACUCUUUGCAGGGAUUGUUGUUGUAAAUGUGGGAACACAAUCGAAGAUGUGAAUGACCAAAAUGAUCAGACCAUUACCUAUCGAAAUUCGGAUUACAACAUAAAUACUUUUGGCGGAUGAAGAUUCUAGAUUUGCUAGAUUCAAAAUUUGAUUAACGCAUUUUGUCUAAAGAAAAAUAUAUUGGAAGGUAUGUAUAUUAAUGAUUGACAUUGGAUGUCGAAAGCUUAUAGAUCGAAGAUGUAUUUUCAUAUAGCAUGCGUGUUACGGGUA